AUGGCGACACUUGCGAGAAACAAAAUUUCUCUGUGGUUCAUCUUUGCUAUCGUCAUCAUAUGUCGAGCUGAAGAUGUGCUCUGGAGCAGAAGGCUGCCCAAUGAUAUUUAUGAAAACCUAAGCUCAGAAGGUGAUGAUCUUACUUUCGAUAGCCGUGAGCUUCAACACCUCCGGUCUGAUACUAAUCCCGAUAAAAUUGAAGCAGGUAUUGCAAGAAGCUUUGAAGAUGGCAUCGGUAUUGAUAUUGAUACUGAUGUCGAAAGUAUUGUUGGUGGACAUUCAGUACCAAGUACAAGUGAUCGCGGUAGUUUUAGUGAAGCUAUGUCUGGUGCUUAUGGAGGCACUACUGUUAUUACUCACGAAAUUAAUGGGGGGAUUACUAACUCUCAAAUUGGUGCCACUAUCGUCGGGCAGGGAGCAAAUGGGGUCGCUGCUCCAAAUUAUUUAAAUGGUGGUACUAUUUACUGGGUGAAAAGUAAUGGGGCAACUUCUGGCAAUGGGUAUAGUGUAACUGUUCUUGAUCAGGGACGAAUCAUUGUGGAUACUUCAAAAAAUACUCAAUUCGGUACCACUUUGUUUUGGCUAGGAGCUGAUGGAAUUAUUGUGCCAAUUUAUUUUAUUGGUGGUAAUGGUCAAGGAGUAAAUGGGGCGAGUAUAGCAAAUAUCUUUGGUGGUAGAAUUGUUGUGAAGCCAGGAGGAAUCAUUGUGGAUGGUUCUAAAAAUGUUCAAAGUGGCAGCACUUUCUUUUGGCAGGGAGUUGAUGCAAGCGCAUCUUCAAAUGCUUAUGUCGAUGGCAUUACUGUUGGGCAGAUAGGUAAUGGGGGUACCUCUAAUGCUGAGGAUGGCCAUUUUAUUUUUAUACAGGGAGCUAAUGUUGGUCAGGGUGGUAGUGGCGGUACUUCUUCAAAUAAUAAUGGUGGUAACACUAUAAUUUGGCAGGGUGGCAAUGGGGGUAAUCCUAUCGGUAAUAACGGUGGUAUUAUUUUUGGGCAGGGAGGUUCUGGGAGUAUUUCUACAAAUAUUAACGGUGGUGGCUCUAAUAUUGGGCAUGGUUUUAAUGGGGGUAAUUCCAACGGUAAUCAAGGUAGUAUUAUUUUUGGUCAGGGAGGUUCUGGAAGUAUUUCUACAGAUUUUAACGGUGGUGACACUAGUAUUGGGCGGGGUAGUGAUGGAGGUAAUUCUAAUGGUAAUAAUGGUGGUCUUAUUAAUGGGCAGGGAGGUAGUGGUGGAACUUCUUCAAAUAAUAACGGUGGUGGUACUAUUAUUUGGCAGGGUGGUAAUGGGGGUAAUUCCAACGCUUAUCAAGGUCGUAUUAUUUAUGGGCAGGGAGGUUCUGGGAGUAUUUACGGUGGUGGCACUUUUAUUGGGCAGGGUAGCAAUGGGGGUAAUCAAGGUAGUAUUAUUUAUGGGCAGGGAGGUUCUGGGAGCAUUUCAACAAAUAAUAACGGUGGUGGCACUAUUAUUGGCCAGGGUGUUAAUUCCAACGGUAAUAAUGGUGGUUUUAUUUAUGGGCAGGGAAGUUUUCAGAGUAUUUCUACAAAUAUUAACAGUGGCACGCUUAUUGGGCAGGAGGUUAAUGGGGGUAAUUCUAACGGUAAUAACGGUCAUAUUAUUGUUGAGCAGGGACCUAGUGAGGGUACUUUUUUAAAUGGCGGUGGUGGAACUAUUGUUGUACAUAUAGAUGACGGUAAUGAUGGUAUUGUUGCUGGGCAAGGAGGUACUGGGGGUACAGCGGCUAUUAUAUAUAAUGGCGGUACUAAUCCGUUUGGUUAUAAUAGUGGUAAUUUUUUUUGGCAUGGAGUACAUGGGGGCAGCUAUCAAAACGGUUAUAAUGAAGCCUCUAUGUUUGCAAAUUCUGUUCCUUACCCAGUUGUGAAUGGUGGGGGCGCCGUCAUAGUGACAGGUGGAAUACCUGGUAGUUAUAACAUUCUAGGUGAUAGUGGUGUGAUGGGUGCUUAUGGUGGGGCUGGUCUUCAGUCAGAGGGAGCUGAGGCAGUGGGGGGCAUUGGUGGCGCAACUGGAAUAUAUGGUGGGAUAUCAGGCAAUGUUGACGCUGGGGGAUAUAUUAGUGGUUCAGCUGGUGGAAGCUUCGGGAUAUAUUAGUGGGGAAAGUGUUGUAGUACCACCUAUAAAUUCUGCCAGCUACUUGUAUGGCAAAAAAAAAAAAAGUAUUUUUGAUAAUUGAAAUAUUUUUUAAAUAACAUAAUUAUUAGGACAAGUAAAAGAGAAUUAAAUCUGAAGUAUGUUAUUUUGUAACUGAAAACUCGUUUUCUUACCUAAGGUUACACCAAUAUUUAUAAGUAUGAGCACUAUUGAAGCUUAUAAGCAAUUGUAUUUUAAUGUAAUGUGUGUUUAAAACUGGUUUUCUUUUUUAUUCAAAUAGAUUUAUUUUUCUGUUCUAAAGUAGUUUUUUUAGUCCGAGGAAUAUGUUCCCUAAUAACGUGAUAACUUUGUAGUAAAUUAUGUAGCUUUCUGUUAUUAGUAUUUUAGUGCAAUGUCUUUUACUUUACCAAUAACUGUUACUCAACAAUUUGUAAUGACGAGGAUCUCAUAUAAUGAUUUAAAUAAAUGAUUUGUAUAAAA